ACCGGUCUGGCUGGCGGCGGAAACCAACCGCUGUCGUCAUUGCCGCCUCUUUGUUCCUGUGCCUGUCGUUGAUCCAUCAUUCCUUCUCCUCUCCUUCUCCCCAACCAGCGAUAAAAGCCUUCCAAACAUCCUCGCUGGCUCCUCAAACCCAGCCAUCCCUCACACCCAGGGACAAACGAUGCAGCCAUCAUCGCAAGAGAAUCAGGACACCCCCGCCAGCGACCACAAUGAUCGACCAGGCACUCCACCCCGCCCGCCUUAUUCCCCAGUGACUCCAGUCUUCGCCCAUCUCGCCCCCGUCCACAACUCCAAUUCCAAUGGACGAAACCCCAUAGUCCCGCCCGCGGUCUCGUCGCCUUCACCUACGACAAAUAUCCCGCCUCCUCCUCCCUUUGACGCCCCGGCUACACCGAGGCCUGUCUUUGCGCCCGAACCCGUCCCGGUGCCAAUCUCCGAGAGCGACAACCCUGAUGCGAUCGCGUUGCGCUCGGCCCUUUCUAUCCUACAGUUACAGAAGCAGCAGAGUCUUAGGGAUAUUCAGACUUUGGAUCGGAUGAAGAGGGCGGCUGCCGCGGAUCCGGAAGGGUUUGCGAGAGAACUGGCGGCGGGGAAUCUCACCGCGCAAGAUAAGGGCGGGUUUAUCAACUUCCAAGACGACGACCAGGAUACCUCGACGGAUAAUGAGCAAGGUGAUGAGGGGGAUAUAGAUGUUUCUAAUUUGGGCAAGAUCCCGACACCGCAAAAUGUCGUCCGAAUGCCUCCAGUUAAUUGGGCCAAGUAUCAGGUCGUGGGGGAUUCGUUGGAUAAGAUCCAUGAGGACCAGCGGCGGCGUCCAUCUCCUGGGGAACCGAGACGAGAUGAAAGCACCCAGAGAGCCCCGGAGCAUGUAUUGGCAUCGCCGUAUCGUCCUUUGGUAGAUAGAUUGGAAAAUCCGGCGGAUGGAAAGGGGACAACGAACAAGAGCAGAGAAGGCUAGAAGGAUUUUGGACAGACAUUUGGAAUAUGCGACGAGCAUUCGUC